UGGAUAACAUUGAGAAUUAUAAAGUUGAGAGACAGGAGGAGAAUUGACAACAGUAAAGCCCAAAGAAAGGAAGAUGGCGUGGUGUGGCAGCUCUGUCUCAAAGAGCAACAACAGCACCUCCCCGUUCCCAUUCCCACCCCAUGGAUUCGCCAUACUGCCACAAAAUAAAUGUAGAAGUAAACCAUCCAACAUCCCCUUCGCUGCAGCGCCAAAAUUUUCGCUGCCCAAAAGGUGCCAAACGUGUGGAGGUAAAGGGGCUAUCGAUUGUCCCGGAUGCAAGGGGACUGGGAGAAACAAGAAAAACGGAAACAUCUUCGAGCGUUGGAAAUGUUUCGAGUGCCAAGGAUUUGGAUUAAAGAGCUGCCCUGACUGUGGAAAAGGAGGACUCACCCCCGAACAAAGGGGAGAAAGAUAAUGCACUCGCACCAGUUUAUAUUUAUCUACUUCAACUUGUCUAUUUUCUAAUGUGAUGCAUUUGCAUUGUAUCAUAUAUAUAUAUAUAUAUGGUUUCCAAUUCUAAGACUUCA